CUUAUUAAAUAGGCUUCGAAAUGUAGGAAUGGUAAAACUCUAACAAUGACCUCUGAAUCGGCCCGUUACAAAUCUCUGCCCUUGGAUCUAGAUGCUUCGGGAUUAGAUGAGAUUGCUGUAGGAUGUGUCCAAGACUGCAUUGUGUUCGCGUUCAAAAAGCUACAGGAAAGGUGUAUUGGAAAUCCAACGCAGCCUAUUGCUCUUGGAGAGCCAUCUGCCGGACAGUUCAUUGAAAGCAUUGAUCUGUUGCUUAGUCACAAGUUGAAGAAUAAAAAGAACAGUUUCUGGAAUUUGGCGAAAGAAAUCUCAUUCAACGACGCAAUUAAUUCUGUUUCAAAAUCAGCGUCGAGUGAGGAAAAAGCAAGAGCGUGGUUACAUCAAGCAAUUCAGGAUCAGUUGUUGCACUGCUACUUGAGUCAGUUGAGCAAUGAUAGGAAGUUACUAGAUAAGUUCUACAGAAAGGGUGCUGCCGCUUUCGACCAAGACCUCAUGUUUUCAAUCAGCAACCUGCUGCUCGGUCUUGAGUCGAUCAAGUUUGACCUCACAUCAGACAAUGACGCUCGUUCGAAGCAGCGGUCGUCAAAGAAUCGAAAAUUGGAUGACUUCAGUGAAUCAAUUGUUGGAAGUGUUAGGAUGCACAUCCCUAGUCUAUUGAGUACCAGGGAUAUUAAACAGUCCAACAGUAGUUUACACAGUGGUGACAGUUUUGACGACAGUAUGUAUUCAAAUGACGAUGAAAGUGUUCAUUCUGCGGGCAAAGAGGGUAACUCGAAACAGCGUCAAAAGAGCAAAAGGAGAUACAAGAGAGACAAAAGUGGUUUUGAUACGACUGCCUACAGUGCAAGUAGUGCGAGUUCCAAAAAGGGUGACAAAGGAGGUGUGAGCAUGCAGAGGUCUGUGAAGCAGGAUGAGAAACCAGAUGAAGCUGCCUCCGGUCUUUUUUCUGAUGCGACUGUAGCAAGUGGGGAUCUACUGAAUCUGAUGGCCAGAAAGUUGAAGGAUGUGUCACAAGACCAGAGAGGUGUCGUGAAGGUACUGGAAAGGAACUCUACACUAAGGAGCGAUGGAACAGGUUCUGCAGUUUUGCCAUUAUCAACAAGCUCAACUGCUCUAAGUUCGAUAAGCGCUUCCACGGCUGGAAAGGUCCGAGAGACAGAGAAAAGCAUAGAGCUUAAAACAUCUGAAAAUGUCUUCCGUGGAAGCACUCUGACUGAGAAUUGGGAGCGGAAAUCGUCUUUUGAAGCUGCCAAUCAGAGUAGAGGCUCAGAAGAGAAUGUGCGUGUUAUACAAAUUGAACUGCCUCUCGAAUCAAGCACGGAGGAGUCCGGAGAGGCUGCGCGCUCUUCGGAGCAAUCAGCAGACGAGAAAACGAAAUCUUCAGGUUUCAAAUCAUCAGGCGAAGGGCCUGUAUCGCGAAUGGGCGUAGAAACUGAAGGAAGAAUCAAACUAGAUGGCGUCCCGUCCAUUCAACUCCAAGAUGAAGCAAACGAAAACGGUUUUGCCACCAUAUCUGUUCAAAAUGGAUCCUUGGAACAGCCAGUUGACGGAAUAAGCAAAAUGUUUGUGAGUAGCCUCUUCUUUGAUUCAGACGAUGUAAAUGAAAAUGGCGCUGAGAAAGAAAACUACCAGUUCAAUCAGACGGCAGAAAUGAGCUUCGUCAAAGUGGAAAAACGUCCUAAAAUGUCACUGUCCAGUUGGCUUACAUCAAGUAAUGACAAUGAACAUCCAAUGAUGGGAUCUAAUGUAGAGUUUUCGCAAGUUAACGAAGUAAACCCGAAUGAAGCCUGCUACUUCAAUGGGAAUGAAGUGGACGAAUCAAUUGACGAGGCACUGCUGCUCGGAACAGCGCCCAAAAAGGAAAAUUUAUUUGCCACUCCGUUUUCGAUGGCAGCCUCCCCGUCAGAGAGUAAACUGGAACAGGCUCUGUCUCCUACUUUGUACCUGGAGCAGAACCCCCAUCUCAAUGUUCACCCCUCCGAUUUACACAUGGACCACAGAAAGCGUCUCAAUUUUGACUACAGAAUUUACCAGUUUAAUCAAGACAAUGGCGAAGAGCCUAUUAAUCUCUUCAGAGGUUUCUAUCGCCAUAUGGAAUUGCCCAGUUCCUGGACUAAAAACUCCUAUCAUGCCAGAGUCAUCGAUUUACUUAUCACUAACCGGGCUGUGUACCUUCUUAAAUUUGACGAGGAGAAAAAUCACUGUCUUCAUUAUUUCUUUCCGCUAGAUGAAAUAUUGCUAAUAACUACAUAUCCAUUUGACCAAGGUCUUAAAAUAUUCUCUCGUCGAUCACAUGAGGUGGACUGGACUCGACUCAAUGCAAAUGAGAGCAAGAGAAAUGCUGAGUUCUGGUUUGAAACAGGCGACCCACAGUUAACUCAGAUAAUAGCUGACAAGUUGAGCCAAGCUAUCACUCAGUUUGCUGAGACACGUGAUAUCAGAAGCGCUGAAAGUUCACGGCAGCCAACUUCUUUUCAUUUUGGAGGCGAGCCGAUCAUUGAACUGGCCCAGCUGAAGAACUUUAUGGCUUUCACUUUCAACUAUGAGCAGAAAACAACCAAAGAAGAGGUGAAGCUGUUCUCUCUGGUUUUCAUGGGAGAAAGUCCGCCUCUGGAAACUAAUGAAGAGGAUGAGAGCGAAGCCAGCAAACUAGGCUUCUACAGUCUCUCAGAGUCUCAGCGGUCUUCCCAUUCCACUGGGGGAGAAGGGCGCUCGGAAACCGUUACUUCAUCCGUCUCCUGCAUAUCAGACGACACCUCUGCCCGCUUGAGUCGCCCGAGUGCUGUGGCCAUUGACGGUAUUCUCUUUCUGAAGGAGGAGGCCUCCGCCGUCAGUGCAAUGGGGGGCAUCAUCAGCAAGCGGAGUGGUCUCUUGCCCAGUAAAAACAACGUCUUCUGGAAAGACUACCAGUUCACCAUCAAAAAUGGUAAUCUUUACAAGGCCGAAUACUCUAACGGAGGAAAAGUCUCGCAGCCAGAAUUCAUGCUCUCCCUGUCGGAUUGCCUCGCCUGUAAAUUGUACAAAGACAGCGAGAAGUUGAACACCUUUCUUCUGACAACAUCUAAAAGUGCUAUUGGUUUUUCGAGGAUCCUUGCUGCUAGAGUCAAAGCGGCGCCCAUUCUGACUUACUGCUUUGCGGCACGCAAUGAAAGGGACGCCUCAGAAUGGAUACAUACUAUCCGAAAAUUCAUUCCCUCUUCUGGUCAUCGCAAACAGAAGGGACGACCUAUUCCAGUGAAGGCAACGGCACUUGUUAUGGACAGUUCCAAUGCUGCAGUAUGUCGAUAUGAAAGAGAAAGAGAAGAGUUCUACGCUGUGGAGAAGUUCAGAUUGUCUGAUAUCUGGCGAGUCAUCACAGCCGACUCUAGUGUAUUUGCUGGAAACAAUUCAGAUGCGUCCAGGGACUUUGUAGUUCUGGAUUUCCGUCGCAGCUGUAACUCUGCUGAGUCGUCCUUGCAGGGAGAUGUGGCAGACGAGUUUGAGAUAGUUGACAACACUAACCUAGUGGACAAUCAACUGCCCAUGCUGCUCUUCUUCUGCUCAGAGGACCAGUGCACCCACUUCCUCUCACUCCUCCAAUCUCUCUCUUCCGCCACCCCUCUUCUACAGACAUGCUCCGAAGCUAAUCUCACCCCCUAUGUGAUACAGUGUCUCGUCCGUACUCAGACCGAAAUCAGACGCACUCGCAUGCUACACAAAGUCUAGCCUCAGGAAAGAAAAGAAUCGAAAAGCUCUCCAUAGUUCAAUCUCUUUGCUUCUGCAGCAUCGCGAUCAUCAUUCUAUCUCUCUCUCUCUCUAUCAUCGAAAAAAUCAAUUUAUUGUAAAUACGCAUUCAGCGCUUCUAAAUCUUAUUGACGAAGAUAUGAGCAAAAAAACAAUGCAAGAGUAAACUUAACUCAAAAUUUUUAGCUGUCGAUCACUCAAUGGCCAUUUAUUUUUUAGAAU